AUGGCCCGCGCUCCCGCCUCCGCCCCGGCGCCCCCCCCGUGGCCGGACUCCCGGCGUGCCCCGCGCGGGGGGGGCCCCUCCCAGCCCCCCCCGCGUCCCGGGACCCCCCCCCAAACCGCGGGUACCCCCCCCUCAGCCCCCCAUGACCCCUCGGUGCUCGCUGGGACCCCCCUCCCUCCCGUUUCCAUCCCGGACAUCACCGAGCCCCCCCCCACACCGGGGGUCCCCGAAUCCGCCGCUGCCCCCCCAGGGGACCCCGAGAUCCCCGCGCCCCCCGGGGGGGUGGUCGUGGUCGGGGGGGGGUCCCGGCGGGUUCUGUUCGCCGAUGCUCUGGGGCUGCCCCUGACCCGCCUGCGGCAAUACCGGCCCUGGGACCCCCGGGGGAGGGGGGGCGGCGGGGGAGGGACCCCCGAAAAGGGGGAGGGGGGCGCGGUGGGAGAGCCGCCCCCCCCCGGGAUCUGGAUGAGGCCUGGGAAGGGCAGGCCGCAGGAGGCGGAGGACGCGCAGCCCCCACCCCCCGAGCACAGCACAGAGCCUGACCCUGCCCCAACGCCCCCAACGGAUGCGGAGCAGCCGCCAGCACAGGGCACCGAGGACGAGGCGGUGGCGCGGGAGCUGGAGCAGCUCUACCUGUCCCACCUGCGCCGCCUUCGCGGGGGGGACCCCAACGACAGCGACCCCCUCCCCAAAACCGGGGACCCCCCGUUUCCCGACCGAGCCCCCAACACGUCCCUGGCCAACGAGAUGGCGCUGCGCUAUGAGGGGGGCGGGGGUCGCUGCAGCCCCCCGGCGCUGCGGGGCAGGGGGGGCCCCCUGGAGGGGGCGCUGGUGGUACCGGCCCGGCCCCCCCCCCGCGGCAGAAGUUUUGGGGGGGCCCUCAGGGGGUGCGGGGUGGUUUUGGCUUUGGCCGUGCUGGUGCCCGUGGCCUGGGGGGGGGACGGGGGGGGUCCCACGGCUGCGGUGGCUUUGGGCAUUUACCUGGCGCUGGCGUGGCUCACGUGAGGGUGGGGGGACCCUGAUUGUCACCCCCAAAAUUGUCACCUCCCCAAAAAGUCACAGCAACACCCCCACACAUUUCACCUCUGAAAAAGUGGGACAUCCCUAAAUCAGUCAGGGGAGGGGGCGAUGGAAGGGUACCCCCUAAAUGGAGGGGGGGAAUGGAAGGGCACCCCCUAAAUAGAAGGGAACCCCUAAAUGGAGAGGCACCCCCAAAUGGAAGGGUGCCCCCAAAUGGAAGGAACCCAAAAUGGAGGGGCAUCCCCUAAAUGGAGGGGAACCCCCAAAUGGAAGGGAACUCCCUAAAAGGGAGGGGCACCCCCAAAUGGAAGGGAACCCUAAAAUGGAAGAUUCCUAAAAUGGAAGGUGCCCUAAAAUGGAAGGGCACCCCUAAAAGGAAGGGCACCCAAAAUGGAAGGGCACCCCCAAUUGGAAGGGAACUACCAAAAGGAAGGGAACCCCAAAUGUAGGGGCACCCUAAAUGGAAGGGCACCCCUAAAGGAAAGGAACCCUAAAAUGGAAGGGUAACCCCUAAAUGGAAGGGAUCCCCCCAAAAGGAAAGGAACCCCUAAAUGGAGGAGCACCCCCAAAAUGGAGGGGAACCCCCCAAUUAGAAGUGAACCCCUGAAUGGAAGGGCACCCCAAAAUCAGAGGGCGCCCAAAAUGGAAGGGCACCCCUAAAGGGAAGGGCACUGCAAAAUGGAGGGGAACCCCCAAUUGGAAGGGCACCCCUAAAUGGAAGGGAACCCCCCAAAUUGAAGGGCACCCCCAAAUCCCCCCCCCACACCGGGGUGGGGGGCACUGUCACUUUGUGGGACCCCCCCCACCCCCCCCGAAUCAUGUGCACCCCACCCGGGUUUUGGGGUGCCCCUGUGUACAUACAGCCAUGGAACGAU